AUAUUCUCUCUCUCUCACUUCUCCACCACCACAGCAGAAACUUUGCUUCUUCCUUUUCAUUGACACCCACACUCCUCACCACCGUCGCUGCUCUUCCCUCCGCCUCCUCCUUAGUGACCCUUCCUCUACAUCUCGAUCGCAACAACUACGGUAGCCACCGCCACCAUCUUAGGCUCACACAACAUUGCGAAGGAAACAUUUCUUUUCCAAUAAGCCACCCUAAAUACAUGGGCCUCUCUAUACUCUGCAACGAGGACAUAAUCGCAAAACCCUAGCACAAUUCAUCCCAACUCAGUGAAAUUCAAGUUUAUGCAUUAAAAACAUCUCAAUUAAAAGCUCCGAAUUCCGUGAAGCGUGUGUGAAAAUGGGGAGUGGAAGGUUGGAUGUUGAGUCGAUGAAGCAUAGUUGUGGGUCUGCGGCGGGAGUAGAAGAAGUGUCGGUUGAUGUGGUGGUGGAAGGAGUAGGUGGUUUGGGAAUCAGAGGAGGGGGAACAUCUUCAGAUGGAAGCUUCGAGGUUAUCAACUCCAACAAUGGUGAUGGUGGUGGUGUGCAGGUCACGUGCUUCACUGAGGUGUUGGAGGAUGUUACCCUUCAUUUUCAGAUCAUACGUCUUCACAAACAGAUCUAUGCAUGGAUUGGUUGCAAUUCUGCCAAAUUUGGACGUUUAUAUGCCGCUGCACCUACCCGACCUAACAAUACUGUGAGUGUUACUAACAUACUUGGAGGAUCUUCUGAUAACACAGGAUCUGGCAUUGCUCGUCGAUUAGUUUUGAAGACAGGUCUAAAUGUGAUACUAGCUUGUAACAUUCCAAAUAACAGCCCCAUGCUUGAGGCUGAUGCUGAGAAAAAGCUGGUGGAGAAGUUAAUUGACCUGGGGUAUACUAGGCCAAAAUCUAAUGGAUCAUCUUCAUAGUAGAGAGCCGAGGCCAACAUACAAUACAUGAAAGAUACAAUUAUAUGGUCGUAGCAAUUCUGCUGACAGGUCCAGGAAACAGUAUCAGUUGGGGGUCCUGGAUUGUGUGAUAGCUUUUUUUUAUGUUUGUUUUUUGUACCCUCUUUUAAAUAAUCCUUUUGCUUGAAAGUCUUGCUGCUGAUUGAAUAGUGGGGGUUUAGUAUUUCUUGUGAUGGAUUUUUGAAUUAUAAUACGAUGUAUUAGUGAUUGACUUGGUAUCACUCUUGUACUGAACUUUUUCUCAUUGCGAAAAAAAUUUGUAAGUUGUGGGUGGCUGUUUUGGUAAA